AUGGAUACCUCCACCAGUGUUAUCAACAAUUCCAGCUUCCAGAUUUCCCAGUUCAUCUUGAUGGGGCUCCCAGGCAUUCAUGAGUGGCAGCACUGGCUCUCCCUGCCCCUGGCUCUGCUCUACAUCUUAGCUCUUGGUGCCAAUCUCCUUAUCUUGAUCACCAUCCAACAUGAGCCCUGUCUGCAUGAGCCCAUGUACCAUUUCCUGGGCAUAUUGACAGUGGUGGACAUUGGCCUGGCCACCACCAUCAUGCCCAAGAUUCUAGCUAUCUUCUGGUUUGAUGCCAAGGUCAUCAGCCUCCCUGAGUGUUUUGCUCAGAUCUAUGCCAUCCACUGCUUUUUCUGCAUGGAGUCUAGUAUCUUCCUCUGCAUGGCAAUGGACAGAUACAUAGCCAUCUGUCACCCCCUUCGCUACCCCUCCAUAGUCACUGAAGCUUUUAUGGUCAAAGUCACAGGAUUCAUGGUGCUUAGAAAUGGCCUAUUGACCAUCCCAGUGCCUGUGCUAGCUGCCCAAAGAUUCUACUGCUCCAAGAAUGAAAUUGACCACUGCCUGUGCUCUAACUUGGGGGUUACCAGCCUGGCUUGUGAUGACAGCACUGUAAACAAAUUUUACCAACUGAUCUUAGCAUGGACCCUGGUUGGCAGUGAUAUGGCUUUGGUUUUUUCUUCCUAUGCUCUAAUCCUUCACACUGUACUGAGGCUGAACUCAGCAGAAGCAAUGUCCAAGGCUCUGAGCACCUGUAGUUCCCACCUCAUCCUCAUCCUCUUCUUCUACACAGGUAUCGCUGUUCUAUCUGUCACACACCAUGCAGAAAAAAAGAUUCCCCUUAUCCCUGCGCUCCUUAAUGUGCUGCACAAUGUCAUUCCUCCUGCACUCAACCCUAUGGUAUAUGCCCUCAGAACACACAAGCUCAGACAAGGCUUCCAGAGGCUGCUUAGGCUGGGUUAA